AUGAUCGAUGCAAAUGAUAAUAUUUUAUAUUGUAUGUGUAUGGAAAAAUUAGAUGGUGAAGCAAAGCAAAGAUUUACAACGUCUGAUUCAUCAUCAAAAACAUUCGAGCGAUUAAAAGAACGUAAACAGAAACCAGAUGAAACAGUUACAUCUUAUUAUGAUGCUAUUAUUAAACUUUUUUAUAAAUAUGAUGCAUCUAUGUCACAAAGAAUGAUAAUAUCAUGGUUAGAAAAUGGCAUUAAAAAUUCAUUAAAAAUUCAAAUUAAACGACAAAUGAAGUCAUUAUCUGAAUCAGCUAGAACAACACAAACAUUUUUUAAAAUUGCGAAAGAUGAACAAAAACUACAAGAUGAAAAUGUUCCAGAACCUCAAGCAACAGCACCGUAUGUGCCAUAUUUUGCAAAUUCAAUAUCAACAACUACUUAUGCAUCAUCAACGUUACGAACUCCUAUUUAUAUAAACGUUCAAGUAAACAAUAAACAACAUCAAGCCAUUGUCGAUACUGGAUCUGCAGUCACCAUUAUUAAUCAACAAUUCUCAAAAAAAGAUUUAUCACACGGGCUUCGUUUACAAGAAGAAAUUACACAAAUCAGCUAA